UCAUCCGACGCAGGGAGGAGAGGGCAGAGGGAGGGAGAGAGCAGCGAUGGCUGCCGGUGGAGCAGGAUGCGGGGACACGGUGGAGCAGUGCCGGGUCGAGGUGGAGCGUCUGACCCGGGAGCUGGCGGAGGCCAACCGCGAGAAGAUCCGGGCGGCGGAGUGCGGGCUGGUGGUUCUGGAGGAGAACCAGAGCCUGAAGCAGCAGUACGCCGAGCUGGAGGCCGAGCAGGAGACGCUGAGGCUGGAGCUGGAGCAGCUGCAGGAGGCAUUUGGCCAUGCCUACUCCACCCAGCGUAAGGUGGCAGAAGAUGGGGAGACCAAUGAGGAGACGCUGCUGCAGGAGUCUGCCACCAAGGAAGCCUACUACAUGGGCCGCCUCCUGGAGCUCCAGUCAGCUCUGAAGCACAGUCGGACAACCGCCUCCAACGCUCAGGCCGACAAUGAACACCUGAGCACACUUCUGCAGGAGCUGAGGGAGAGUAAUGAGAUGUUGGAGCUGCAGCGCAGCCGGAUGCGAGAGGAGAUCAGGGAGUACAAGUUUCGAGAGUCGCGGCUGCUUCAGGACUAUACCGAGCUGGAGGAGGAGAACAUCUCUCUGCAGAAGCUGGUGUCAACACUCAAACAGAAUCAGGUGGAGUAUGAAGGUCUGAAGCAUGAGAUUAAGGUCCUAGAGGAGGAGACAGAGCUCCUCAACAGCCAGUUACAAGAUGCACUGCGUUUGAAGGACAUCUCAGACGCCCAACUGGAGGAGGCGCUGGAGUCAUUGAAGAGCGAGCGUGAGCAGAAAAACCACCUGCGCAGGGAACUGGUCCACCACCUCAGCAUGUGUGAUGUGGCCUACACUGGCAGUGCCCACCUGACAUUUACCUCAGCCCCACCCAGUGGCACCGCAACCCCAACAACUCUGCUCUCCCCAAAUGCAGAUGAACCAAUGAGGUGUAACGGCCACCUGCAAGGUGGGACUGGAGCAGGGACGGCUGCAGAGUCGGUGCCCCGAGCUAAUGGAGAGUGCCGAGGCCUGGGUCGGAAAGCUGAGGGGGCCGUGACAUCAGACCUCUUCAACGAGAUGAACCUGACAGAGAUUCAGAAGCUUAAGCAGCAGCUGAUGACGGUUGAACGUGAAAAAGUAUCACUGAUCACCAGUCUGCAGGAGUCCCAGACUCAGCUCCAACACACCCAAGGGGCCCUGAACGAGCAGCACGAGAAGGCCCUGCGCCUUAGCCAGAGAGUCACUGCCCUCCGCCGCCUGCAUAGAAGGGCCUACCUCAACCAGGAAGCCCACGUCAGUGCCACCUCUCAGCUCAAACCUGAGGCCCUGAUGGAGCUGGACAGAGAUGAAGAGGAGACUGAAGAGGAAGGAGGAACUGAGGGGAAUAGGAGUGAGAAGUUAAACAAAAGUCAGCUUUUUUCCUACCAGACGCCAGGUCUGGAGAUCCUGCAGUGCAAGUACCGUGUGGCUGUGACAGAGGUGGUGGAGCUCAAGGCGGAGGUGAAAGCCCUUCGUGACAGACUGACUCAGUGUGUAGAGGGAGCAGCAGAGGACAAGCCAAAGCAAAACAGUCAGCUUCAGAAGCUGGAGAGGCAGGUCGCCUCAUUGGAGAAGAGCUGCUGGGAAGGUCGGGAAAAGGUGUCUAGCCUGGAGUUGGAGUUGCAGGCAGCUCAGUCAGCAGCCAAUGAGAGCCAGGGCGCAUUGAACGCGGCUCAGGAUGAGUUGGUGACACUGAGCGAGGAGCUUGCCCAGCUCUACCACCACGUCUGUCUGUGCAACAAUGAGACGCCCAACCGCGUUAUGCUGGACUACUACAGACAAGGCAGAGGGCUCCGGGGCCUCAGUGCCUGUCUUAAAGCCAUGUCUUCGGACAACAGCAAAGUUCUCCUCACACCACGCCUCGCCAGGCGGCUGGCUGCUGUCGCUUCCACAACCUUUACUCCUGGGGAGUCGCGGAGCCCCUCGCAGUCUCCAUCCAAGGAGCCCUUAUCUGGGGAGGGGGGGGGAGGAGAGAAGGAGGGGGACAAGGAGGGCCUCCAGGUGCGAUCUGAGCCGAGCCUGCCACUCUGCACAACUCCGACCUGCUCACCCAGCAUCAGUGCCUCUUCAUCAUCAUCGUCAUCAUCAUCGCCUGCCCUGGAGCCAGCUGGUGAGCUGCGACGGGAGCCCAUGAACAUCUACAACCUCAACGCCAUCAUCAGAGAACAGGUGAAGCACCUCCAGCGGGCGGUAGACAGGUCUCUGCAGCUGUCGAGACAGAGAGCUGCAGCCAGGGAACUGGCCCCUCUGCUGGACAAGGACAAGGAGAGCUGCAUGGAGGAGAUCCUGAAGCUCAAGUCUCUGCUCAGCACCAAGAGAGAGCAGAUAGCCACCCUCAGACUGGUACUCAGGGCUAACAAACAGACGGCAGAGGGGGCUCUGGCCAACCUGAAGAGUAAGUAUGAGGCGGAGAAGUCCAUGGUGACUGACACCAUGAUGAAGCUGAGGAACGAGCUCAAAGCCCUGAAGGAGGAUGCCGCCACUUUCUCCUCUCUGCGGGCCUUGUUUGCCACCAGGUGUGACGAGUACAUUACCCAGCUGGAUGAGAUGCAGAGGCAGCUGGCUGCAGCCGAAGAUGAGAAGAAGACUCUGAACUCCCUCCUGCGGAUGGCCAUCCAGCAGAAACUGGCCCUCACCCAGCGCCUGGAGGAUUUGGCUUUCGAUCAAGAGCAGACCCACCGCACCCGCGGGGGCAGGCUAAACCGCGUGAAGACCAGCACUCCCAAAGUAAGUCCCUCGGCCUCAGCUUCGGCCUCCAAUAUAGCCCAUGGCUCUUCAGCUUUGGCCCCUGUCAGCCUCCCCCUUUCCAGCCUCCCUAGUCCUACGUCAAUUCUUCCUGAUGAUCCCUCUGUGCCCCUUAGCCUAUCUGUGGUCAGUGCUGCUUUGGCCUCAGCUCUUACCUCCCCUACGUCACACAUACCCCCUCGCAGUCCGUCAUCACCAGCGGUUGCCUCAUUGGCUGGCCCUUUGGCGCCAGAGAGCCCUCCAUGUCUGGAGGCCCCCUCCUCUCCCUCAGCACGGACCUCGCCCUCAGCCACUCUGAAUCUGGCUCGCUCCCAGUGGACCCUGGGGGUGCGGACGGUUGUGGUUGACUCCCACAGUUUCAGUGUCAACAUCUCCCCCACUCUGCCUCAUAGCUCGGGCCUCUCCAGGCACUACACCCCAGACUCUCAAACCUCUCCCCCAUCCACCACCAACACCAGGCCCACCCAACCAGGAUCUGCCCCAUCCUCUCCCUACCGGUCCCCUAUUCUGGGGCUCAGGCGCUCCACAUGGAGCCCCUCACCCCGAACUCGGCCCUUGUCUAGCCUGAUGCGCUCUUCUGUCCUUCCCUCCCCUUACUCCACCUCCCACUCCCCUUCUUCCUCCCACAGCUAUUCCUCUGCCUACUACAGCUCCUCUCCUGCUUUUACCCCCUCUAGCUCCUACCUCACCUCUGGUACUUCUGGUACUUCUUACAGCCACUCUACCAACUACACGCCCCUCUACCCUAGAUACUACAGUUCAUACCGGCCCCGGCACUGA